AUGUCCCAGCAAAACUACAAAGAUGGUACGGUGAAGAAGCCGAACGUAGGCGAUUGCAUCUAUUUCAUUCGAAAACUUCGUCACUAUGCUUUACGGGCGGAUGAGGCGAUCUUCGAGACCGAAUCCGGUCAACCCGAUCCGAGCGCUCUCGAGAGAAUGCAAGAAGUCACUCGCUUCUACGAGCAAAUCGAAAAUUAUGCUAAACAAUUGCCACCGAAUGUCGCGGGAGCGAUGGAGAAGAUGGAUCUGCUGAAGAGCAUUUAUCAGGAAGAGCAAAACGAUCUGAACACCCACGAGCUUGUCGAGAGUUUCAUCGACACAACCAAUUGGACCGAAUGCAUAUUUACUCGUUACGUGUAUCUCACCGAGUUUCACCGCUAUCGACCGUACAGUCGAAAAACGACGGCGAUGAUCCCGAAACAUUUGCCGUAUUCGAAUUGGGGAGCCGAGGAUGCGAACAAACAUCCGCAUAAGCUUUUCGAGGCAGCUUUUGCACAGCUUCAACUCGAUUUGAAAAACAUGAAGCCUCGAUCGGGAAUCGUGCCCACAUAUUUGGAACAAAACAGUAUGUCAUCGAUUAUUGAGCUCAAAUUUGGCUUCUUUUGCCCGACACAGAAGAACACGUUCAUCUGCUCACAAAAGAUGUUAUUGGUGGAGGAAUUCGGGUAUUUCGAGAGCCUUCAAUUCAUCGCUCCACACGAGGAAUGGGCGUACAACGAGGAAAUGGGAGAAAAAAGGGUCGAUCUAACCAAGGAAAGCCAAUAUUUAAUUUUCCGAAAGCUCACGAUUCAGGGAAACGUUCAGCUCACUCAUACAAUUCAUCCAUAUUUGACGUCAAAUGCGAUGAAGAACCUCUUCAUGCAAUUGGGCAAAUAUCAAGAAGUUUUUCGGGCACAAUGCAAAUAUUGCAGAAAGCACAUGAAAGAUUUCAUGCCUCCCUACGUCGUCCUUGCUGCAAAGCAGACGCAAUUCGAUUUCGCGCAUGAGACUUGUAAUUGUGUGAUGUCGCAAACCGCCGACGAGUGCAAAAAGCAGAUCGUGUCUUCGAGGAGCGUCGCUCGACAUGUGCAAAAGUUUCGAGCGAAAAUGAUGGAAACUGCAGGAUACCUGAAGACACUAAAUGCGACGGUUGAUCGAAAAGGACUCAUCAAGAAGUUGACGAAAGAAUUCGACCAAUUGCAAGCGACAUUGAGUGAUUUGCCGAACAUCUUCCCAACGGAUAUCGUCAACAGCUUCUUUACCAAUGUGCAACUUGCGGAGAAUGAGCCUGAGUACAAGUCGCAAAUCAAUCAAUUCUUUGAGCAACUAAUGUGGCAUGAUAGAAAUCUGAUGUUUUACGCCUUUUCGUUGAAUGAGAUGCACGAAGCGGGAAUAGUCACAGAAAAGAAGGCUCCGAUAAGCAUCAAGCAACCAUUGAGGCCAAAAGUGGUGAUAUCGGCAGCACAUGAGCGAUUCCAGAAGAUUUUUCAACUUGUUCAAUCGAAUUUUUUUGAAGCGAGGCGCCAUUUGCAGAUAAGCUAUUUGGCGAAAAAUUUUCAACCAUCAACAUCUGUUGCAGAAUUGCGAUGUGGCACUUUCUUUCGUGGAUCGUUCAUCCCUCGACUGCGCAUUUUGAUGCUAGUGAUUGAUGGAGAGCUUCACUACGUAAAUUUUAUUGGCGGACACGAGAAUUGGCCAAUCGAUGACGACUGCUGGGGAAACAGGUUAAAUAUCACUUAUGAGAGUCGCUACCACGUCUACAAAUCACUUACGAUUCGUGCAAAUGAGCUGCUUAACAAAUUGUCCGAUUCAUCCUUCUCGACGAAUCCAAACGACAUGGCUAAGAUGAACUAUACAUUAGCAAAGUUUGGGGACGUUUUUUACAAUACGUGCACUGGUUGCCAGAAAGUAAUGAAAAACUUCUGCCCGCCUACGAUUGUCAACAUCAUCGGCAACAAAACAAUUUACCGCCAUGAACAAUACCUGAUGUCCAGCGAAGUGUCAUCGGAGGUGAUGGCAAUCGAGAAAACAGAGAGGAAACUGACGGAAGACGGCAACCAUUCAACGACCGGCAUCGCUCCGCCCCUGCUGCCUGUUCGUCAUCAAUUGCAACGUCGCUGGGUACUAUGGUUUCUGAAGGCAGACAGAAAUCGCGAUUGGGAAGAUUGUCUGCAGCAAGUGAUCGCGUUCGACUCAGUUGAAGAUUUUUGGUCGCUGUUCAACAACAUUGCCGCGCCAUCAUCACUCAAUUGGGGCUCUGACUACUAUCUUUUUAAAGAGGGUAUUCGUCCAAUGUGGGAGGAUAAGCAAAACGUUGAUGGAGGUCGAUGGUUAAUGGUUGUCGAUAAGCAUAAAAGGAAACAAUUCCUCGACGAUUACUGGCUCGAGCUUCUGAUGGCGAUUGUUGGCGAGCAAUUUGGCGACUAUGGAGACCACAUCUGUGGGGCGGUUUUGAAUGUACGCAACAAGGGUGACAAGAUAUCACUAUGGACACAUGAUGCUUCUCAGGAUUCGGUGAACAGUCAAAUUGGCAAAAUUUUCAAAGCUAAGAUGAAUGUGCCCGACGAGGAAAUUAUCAAAUACGAAGUGCACAAAGAUGCUAGCAAAAGGGCGUCAUCGAUUGUUAAGCCUCGGAUAACAAUUCAGGGAGAAUCUAUCGUCUUCAAGCACAACAACGAUCAGCACAAACCACAGCCAACUGCAGCAACCGUUGAAACAAAAGGA